AUGCCACCAAUUCGCUCUCAAUCCUCUAAAGAUUCAAUAGAGAGAGAGGGUAGGAUCUUAUUAGCUAUCCAGGCUUUUAAGAAUAAAGAAAUCAGCGCUAUUCGCGAAGCAGCGCGCCGUUUCAAAGUGCCCGAAUCAACCCUCCGGACACGUCUUUAUGGGACCACUUCUCGCGCGAAUUCUCGCGCCAAUUCACAUAAACUGACAGAAAUUGAAGAGGAAUCUCUUGAAAAAUGGAUUCUCUCUAUGGAUUCUCGAGGAUCAGCUCCCCGGCCGUCUAUAGUACGAGAAAUGGCGAAUCUUCUUCUUGAAAAGCGCGGAACUACCCCGGUUCUUUCGGUCGGCGAAAAUUGGGUGACGAACUAUGUGAAACGACAUCCUCUUCUAUCCUCUCGGUUUUCGAAACGGUAUAACUACGAGCGUGCGAAAUGCGAAGACCCGAAGGUUAUUACGGAGUGGUUUAAUCUUGUUCAAAAAACCAUCUUACAAUUCGGGAUCGACCCGGACGACGUUUAUAACUUUGAUGAGACCGGUUUUGCGAUGGGAUUAACGGCGACUGCGAGGUGUACGAAUGCUGCUGGCUGGGCUCUUCCGCCGUGUGUGAUUUUUAAAGGCAAAGUCUUUAUUGAAUCCUGGUUCGAUAGCCUUCCUUCUGACUGGCGUUUUAAAGUUAGUCCUAACGGCUGGACUACUAAUGAAAUUGGGAUUCGUUGGCUUAAAAAGCUCUUUAUUCCUACUACUUCUUUACGUACGAAGGGGGUGUAUCGGCUUUUGAUACUUGACGGCCAUGGAAGUCAUUUAACCCCGAGAUUUGAUGAAAUUUGUGAAGAGAAUAAGAUCAUACCAAUCUCCGGCUGGUUGAAUUUCGAAUGCGGUGCGGAUCGAAUCAUGUUGACAAACUGGAUUUUCUUAAAGCAUACCCUGCUGCACGAAUGGAAGCCUUUAAAUCUGAGACUCCGGGGUAGUGAUUGGGAUCCGAAAACGCCCUCGAACUAUGUGCAAUUGCAAAAACAAGCUUUAUCAAUCAAAGCAUUGCUUCGUACAAGAUCAAGAAGCCCCCCGAGCCCGCUCAAUUCCGCUAUAAACCAGGUUUUGAAAGCCUGCCAGAUCACGAUACAAUCCGCCGCACUACUAGAGAGAGAAGUGAGCGAUUUACGCGCUAAAAAUGAGAAGAAGAAGCAAAAGCGUACUAGAUCCAGAAGGCAGAUACCGGCGGAAGAAGGCCUCUCAGUUCAAGAAGCAUCUGCAUUAAUUAUGCAGCCGGUGGAAGCAAUAGAAGCACCUAUACCCCCGCCACGAAGAAGGCCUUCGCCACCUUUACAGCCAAGAACUAGGGCUUUACCAACAUGCGGGCUAUGUAAAAAUCGGGGUCAUAGGAGAGAUGCAUGUCCAGAUAGAUGA